CAUAGAUACAGGAAGUGGGACCAAAACAAAGGAUCUCUGGCCGGGUGCGGACCUUGUUUCGCCGCUGUUCCUGCUGCUUCGCCCCGGCCCACCCCACAGAAGCCGCACCACCAUGUCCAACAUGGAGAAACACCUGUUCAACCUGAAGUUCGCGGCCAAAGAACUGAACAGGAGUGCCAAAAAAUGCGACAAGGAGGAAAAGGCCGAGAAGGCCAAAAUUAAAAAGGCCAUUCAGAAGGGCAACAUGGAAGUUGCGAGGAUACACGCCGAAAACGCCAUCCGCCAGAAGAAUCAGGCGGUGAAUUUCUUGCGAAUGAGUGCCCGAGUGGAUGCGGUGGCUGCCAGAGUCCAGACCGCGGUGACGAUGGGCAAAGUGACCAAGUCCAUGGCCGGUGUGGUGAAGUCGAUGGAUGUGACACUGAAGACCAUGAAUCUGGAGAAGAUCUCUGCCCUGAUGGACAAAUUCGAGCACCAGUUUGAGACCCUGGACGUCCAGACGCAGCAAAUGGAGGACACGAUGAGCAGCACGACGACGCUGACCACUCCCCAGAACCAAGUGGAUAUGCUGCUCCAGGAAAUGGCAGACGAGGCGGGCCUCGACCUCAACAUGGAGCUGCCGCAGGGCCAGACCGGUUCCGUGGGGACGAGCGUGGCUUCGGCUGAGCAGGAUGAACUGUCCCAGAGGCUGGCCCGCCUUCGGGAUCAAGUGUGACGGCCGAACCAGUCCGAGGUUUCCUUUUGACGCGCUCUGUCUGCUUUAGAGAGAGGCUCUAAAAUUGUGCCAGACUCCUGAACACUCUGCUAAGAACCUUUGGGUUUACAGCGCUCUCCAGAUACGUUAAGAAAUUCCAGUUUUUCUCCACUUCUAACUGGAUUUUAAAGCUCUUCAUGGCUUAUGGUGAUGUGUAUUUUUAUAGCUGCCUUUUAACAGAACUGGUUAUUUUGCUGUAUAUAAAUCUAGAAAAAAAAAUCGGCAGAACUCUAGUCCUCGUGUAUUCCGUUUUCACUUAGAAUUAUCAGAUUGAAGUUUUCUUUAUACUGUGGUUGAUGGUACAUAGACUGACAAAUGGUGCAUUAAAAAGAAGGAGGAAAGGGUACAUAGUUUAGUAACAUAUGUAAACACUUUGUUCAACUUACUCUUGGAAAAUAUUCUUUGUGUUUAUCAUUUGGUUUUCUUUGUUUUUGCUAUCAAAGAAAGACUGUAAUUGACUAUGAAUAUAUUCUCGUAACUUAUACUGAAGUUACCUUAGAAGAUUUUUGCAAAAUACUUUCUACAUUCUGUUAAUUCAUGUAAUAAUGGAGUUUGUGUAACUGGGGGAAAAUGCCUCAUUAAAAAUUAAAUUUGUUCAUUUAUAUUUUAUUUACCAAUAGUUCUUAAGACUCAGGAGGCUUAACAUUUGAUAAUUUCUAGUUGUUUUCUAAUGAAAGUCAACCCUUUAUAGACUCUUGAUCAAAAUAAUGUUCAUCAAUAUGGCAGUCCUAUUACAUGCCUAAAAUUGCCAAAGAACUGCUGAUUUGGUCCAGGUAAACCCUGGAACUGUGUAAUUAUAGGUUUUGGUUUUAUUUAAUAACCAAAAAUAUAAAUAAAAUUAGAACAGCAUUUUAAAGUUCUAUUUGUAUGUAUUAUUUUAUCUUAAAGCAGCAACUCUUUUAAAACCGCAAAAAGCCCAAGUUAAUGCUAUAGAUAUACAAAACGUAAAUGUACUUUUAGCUAGGUAGAAGUCUAGGACAAAGGAAUUGGGAUUAGAUGGAAAUAGAGGCUAGAAGCCUCCACUACCAGCUGCCUUUAUAGCCUUCCGUGGAAAGGAAAGCAACCCCCACUUUGUUCUGUCCUCACAACUCGGAGAACAAUUUGUAUUUGCUUGUCAUGUGUACUAACCGAAGUUAAGUACGUACAGAGUUUGCUUUAUUUAAUUUCACAUUUUCCUGAGGUUUUCUUUUUUUCCGUUAACAGAAAUCCAAUGUUUCAGACAAGAAAAUCUCUUUAAAAAAUUUAUUGUAGUGUGGUUUUUCAUGUGAAUGAGUGUUUAAUGAAAAAAGUAUACACAGAUGAGUACUGGCACUCAGUUAAGGUGUAUGUGUUCAUAUAUACGCAUUUUUUUUUUCACAAGUCUGCUUUUUGGAACAACUCUUAACUACCCAGCAUCCUCUCUCAAAGGUCCUUUCGCAGACAAUGUAUCAUCUUAUAUAAACAGUUGUGCUGAGUCAAGUGUGUGUGAAUACAGCAUGUGUCUUAAUCCUUUAUACUGGAAAAUCUUGGUCAAUUACAACUUUUAAAAAUAGCUUAGUAUUGACUCCUUGUUAAAUUGAAGACCCUUUUAUAUUGCAAGUAUUUCCAUCAAAAUGUAUUUUGUGAGAUUGAAGAAUACUAUAUAUGCAUAAAAUCUUAAAAUAUGUUCAUUUCCAAUUAACAUGGGGUAUAUAGCUGGGAAGUAGCACAAUAGCUUACAGGGUUGAUAUCUGCCCAGCUCUCGUGCUUUAAAGCCUAUAAAAUAAAAUUUUAAAAAAUAUGUUCAUUUCAUACUUACCGUAUAAAUGUACAUUUUUAUGAAUCAUAAACAUUAUUUUCAAAAGCUCUACA